UGAUGUCCUUAUUGUAACCACUAUCAUUACGAGAGUGCGUGUGUGAUUUUCGACUGCGUGUGAUUGCGCGUGUGUGAAAAGCUGUAUUGCUUGCCACAUUUCGUCGCUGCAGUGACGGACGACGUAUCCUCAGAUCUCGCCCAUCGUCCGCACCAUGAAUUUCGGGAAGCUGCUCAACGUCGCCGAGAAGAACCGCUCAGCGUCCGCGGCUGAGAAAUCUGUGAAGCGCUACAGCACAGAGGUGGCUCCGGCCAAAAAGGCGCCACGCAGCAAUGUCCAGUCGGCCGCCAUCAGAGCCUUUCUGCAGCGAAAAGAAGAAGAGGAGCGCAGAAAGCAAAUCGAGGAGCAGAAGAAAAAAGAAAAACUUCUUGAGCUGCGGGCCCAGAAUUCCAAGUCUAACAAGCGUGCCAAGGUGAUGGCCUCGCGCACCAAGGACAACAACUUUGGGCGCAUCCGGCUGACCGAGGAAGAGGAAGAGGCACGGCGCAAGCGAGAGGAGGAGCUCCGGCGCAAGAUGCUCACCGACAAGGUUGAGCGCAUGAAGGCACGCAUCAAGCUCCAACAGGAGGAAGAGGCUCUGCCGCACAAGCGCAAACGCAAACGGCGCAACUCGCAGGGGGAGCUCAUCAGCGAGCCUGAACAGAAGCAGGAACCACCGGAACGCAAGCCGCGCAAACGCAAGUACGAGCUGUACACGGGGGAUCAGUCGGACGAGGAGGAGAAGAAGAAGAAGCCGCCAGCCCUAAAGCCGGCACCCCGGCCACCCCCCAUAGUAGACUAUCACACUCUGCUCCAGCUGGCCAACACUAAGCAGCACGAGCCGGUGGUCAUCGAGCGGCUGGCGCCCACCCGGACAGAGGAGUCACGGCCUCUCACCAAGCAGGAGAAGGAGCGGCGCCUCGAGGAGGAGCUGCAUCGAAAGGGUGUCAAGUUGCCUUCGAAAUUCCCACCUGCCAAGCGGAAAGAGGGGUCGGAGAAGAAGCCGCCAGCAGCCGUGAACGGCAAGCGUCCAGGGGCAUCGUCCGACAAGACUCCCAAGUCCGAGCCCCAGAAGUCCGAGCGCGAACGUCUCAAGGAGGAGCGGCAGCGGCUGAUGGAAGAGGAAGAGCGUGAACUUCAGGAGAUGGAGCGGCGAUUGGCCGAGCGACGCAAGGAGAUUGCCCGUAAACAGCAAGAACUUGAGAAGAAAGAGGCGAGGGUGUCAGCUGCCAAGCAACCACCAGAAAAAGCAGCUGCACUGCGGAAGCCUCCCAGUCAACCUACGGCGGCACGGCUAAGUUCCAGCGGCGGUGAGAGGAGAGACCGAGAGGGUGCGCCGCCUUUGGUCAAGAAGCCAUCCGGAAGCAGCAUGGCCGACGAGCGCAGGCCAAAAGCUUCAUCCGAGUCAUCUUCACACAAUCGACCGUCUUCUUCAUCUCUUUCCAAGAAGCCAUCGUCAUCUAAAGACACGUUAAAGAAUGGCAGCCGACCUCCGGAUGCGCGCUCUUCCAUCUCUAAGAAGCCCGUCUCAUCGUCCAAGUCGAUAGCUGCUGAAGACGAGGAGGAGGAGGACACCUUUUACGCAUACUCGCACAAGCCCAAGGCCCCGCUGCACAAGGGCUCCUCUUCUUCAUCGUCUCAGUUGGCGAAAAAGCCGUCUUCCAGCUCAGGAGACGCGAAGCGCAGUUCCUCGGGUUCCGCCUCCUUGCACAGCCACAAGUCAUCAUCGCACAGCAGGGACGAGAGUCGCACGUCCGCUCACAAGUCAGCCGUUCUGAACCGUGCUCGAGAGGAGGUGCGCCGGAAAGGUGAUGAGAAGCCAGCAAGUAACUCACGGCUAAGUGAGGAGGAGCUGGCCAGGCGCAAGGAGCAGGCGCUGCGCAUCAAGCGACAGCUGGAGGAGAAGCGCAAGGAGUCGAUGCAGCCUGCGCUUACCAAGCCCAAGAAGCUGGAGGAACAGUACGAGGACCUGUACCGUAGGCUGCAGGGAGUGCAGUACAUUGAGUCCGAGGAAGAGGACGACGAGUACGAGGAUGAGGAGGACGAAAUGGACGACUUUAUCGAUGACACACCACAAGAUAUCGACUACUCUAAGCACAUCCGUGAGAUCUUUGGCUACGACAAGAACAUGUUUGAAGAUGAUGAUGAUGAUGAAGCCAUGGAGUCCAGCUACGCACAACAGAUGAAGGAGGAAGUACGAAGCGCGAGAAUCGGACUCAAGGAGGAUCUUGAGGACAUGAGGCGGGAGGAAGAGGAACUGCGGCAGAAGCAGAUGCGCAAGCUGCAGAUGAUGCGCAAAAUGCAUCGCAAGCUGUAGAAGCGCUGGCGACAUGCCGCACCCUGGGGAACUGUGACCAUCCCUCAUAAGUGCUCACAUUGUGCUUGCCCACGCAGUGGAAGGCCUCGUUAGGGCUGUACUGUAUUGACCACUAUUCAGUGUUGUAGCAUUCAUGUUGCGCUGGCAUAGCUGCAGUGACUUGCAGCUAUGCCAGCUUAUUUGCAUCCUGUUGGGAGGCUCAAGGGUUUUUCCCAUAAAGUUGCAUCACUUAAAAAUAGUGCUGUUGCCAGCUAGAGCAGCAGUCACUACAGGCUCCCACUGCAGCCAUAAUGUAGGACUUGUAUUCGAAAUCUGGGUGAAACCUAGAAUUCUAUAAUGAAGUUCAACUGUUUAAUUUCGGCCUCAUGGGCCGAAGUCAAUUGUCUAGGGGCAUAGUGUGUUAUUCUGCAUGUUGUCGAGUUAGGCCUUCACGCCUGAAAGCCGUUAUUGGCACUUCGUGCCAGUCACCGUGCUCAGGCGCGUCUUCUGAGCUUCACUUUCUACAUGUGAGAAUACUAGCCUUGACCCGUGGUGGUAUAUGUUCUGGGAGCAACACGCCGAAAUUUCUAGUUUGCACAGAAUGAGAGCUCUGCAUUUAGGGGGCCCAAAUAUAACCUCUAAUUGACAAACUGAGCUUAGGUGUACUUACAGCCCGCUGCCAUUGGCUGUUAUGUUACUCUGGUAGUAUAGACUGUUCAUGUGCCCUGUCACUGCUCAUUGAUUGGCUCUGUCACCAGUGUGCGUUUCAAAUGGUGCCUAUCGCCAUUUAGUUGUAGACAGUCAUUGCUGUUUAUAUGCAUGAUAGGUGUACUGGAAAUUAAAUUUUUGAAGAGCCAGCUGUACCUUACACAUGAUUGUGGUUACCAUGCAUUAUUACUCCUUUUGGGUUGUAUCUGUGGCAGCGGCAUACAAGCUUUGUCUCUUCUCUGUGAAGCUUUUGCACUGCAUGUUGCCUGUCUUCUCGCUACCUGCACUUGCUAACCUAUUGUAUAUUACAGCUAUUGAGGGUGAGGGGGAUCUGUAUACUUGUACAUUGGCAACAAAGUUAGAGUAGGCUCUAUUUAGUGUAACAAUGUUUGCUUUCCUUUUUUUUUUUGUGACAUCCUUCAUUGUUCGAAUUGUGCGCUGUGACAACGCAAAUUGUUGAGGAGGCUGAUUGAUUGGAAAUUGUUGAGGAGGCCACGCGGGUGUGGAGUGCUGCUGUCAUGUUCAUAGUAUGGUGAGAAGGUUGGGCUUUGCAUUCUGUAAAGUCUGUGUUUGUUGUGAGUGUUAAUAGGAGGCUGCAAUCGACCCUCGGGGUGUCAUAUUGACUGCCCGUCGGCUUUCAGAAAAAAAAUUAAUAAAAUGUUUUUCACAAGUGUCU